UGUAAUAUUUAGUUUCAACUUUCAGCCCAGCUGACGAUAAAAACAGUUUUGUUUACUUGUUGAUAUUUUGAUACAUAAAUAAAAUCACGGUUAUCUAUUACUAUCUUUAACUGAUAAGUAAUUAGACACUGCUAUUCGUGAUUGUGUUCUCUAGCAUUCGUGAGUCGGGACGCAAUUCAACAAUUAUUUUGAUGACUGUAAUGCCACAGUCUUCAACACUAUAUACCUAUAUUAUAAUAUAUUAAAUUAUUAUAUAUUAUAGUCUAUUUUACUAUGUACACGUAUACUGCUUCUACAACUGUUGAAAAGUCUGUUGCGUACAGUGUGAGGUCUUUAACCGUCAUAAUAUGAUCUCGCGUCCUGUUUGUCAAUGCAGUCGUCUCGUCGGAUUAUCGAAAUUUGGUGUAUUUUUUCGUUUUUCCCGUAAUCGUGGUGUCCAUAUUAAUAUUACAGGUGUGAGACUGUACUACUGAAAAUCACUCAUCAGACAACUGUUGUGUGCGAUCAUACUUGUCUGAUUUUCCAUUUAGGAACUAAACUUCUACCAUCAUGGACAAACGAAAUACUCAGCACAGUACUUUUAAUGAUAAACGUGGUAAAUUUAGAUCAAAAUCAGUACUAAAGUUUUCUACAGUUCAGACUCCCAAUUUUAUUCGCCAAAAGCUUCACACUAAUCUAAAUUUACCUCCACCGAAUUGGUUAUGCGAGAAAGAAGAAUCUUUUGGCAUGCGAUACAUGACAUCUAGUAAUUUUCAUGCUUUUUCUAGUUUUCAAAUGGCUAGUAUGUUUCAUGAAUGCAUUGGCAAAGUGGACAUAGUAUCAGAUGCAGAAAAUAUUAAGAACCUGUGUAAGAUACCAUAUAAUGAAAAUUCUGUGAGCAUAAUGGUGCAUAGAGUUGAUAAGACAUUACUAUUAGAUGAAUUUGAUGUUCAGAAAUACUUGAUUGUAGAAACAAACAAUGAAUGGGGCUGGUUAAAAAAAUUCUUUUACAACAAUAUUGUAGGGUCUUCUGAUAUUAUGGUGAAAUGUAUAACUUAUAAACUGAAUUCUCUUAGAACUAUUCUACAUAAAGAUUUGGUGUCAAAGUUUUUGCACCAUACCAUUGCAUUAGAUUCUCAUAAUGAUCAAAUGAAAACUACAAUUUUUCGUAAUGAAACUUCUCCAUUUGCUUCUACUCUACCAAAAAUUUCACCAGAAGAAGUAUAUCCAGAUGGUCCCCAAGUGAAACUAUCUAAUAAUCAAUUAUUUAACCGGCAUUUCUUAUGGAAUUUUGACGACAUACAAAUGUUAAUAGGUACAGAUUUACCAAUUUUUGGAACUAGCAAAAAUUCAUCUUUAAGUUCAAGAUUAAGAGACAUGUCAAAACCUCUAAGUGUGUUAACUGGGAUUGAUUAUUGGCUAGAUAAUUUAAUGUGUGAUAUUCCUGAAACUGAAUUGUGUUACCAUUUAAAUGGUAUUAUCCAGAAGUAUGAGUUAGUAAAGACUGAAGAUUUACCAUCUUUGAAUGGCUCAACAUUUUCACCAGAGAAUAUAAGUACUAUUAUGCAAAAUAUAUUAUCAUUUUUAAAAUCAAAUGCUAAUUGUGUUGGACAUACAUACUGGUUAUUUAAAGGAAAAAAUGAUAAUCUCGUAAAACUUUAUGAUUUGACAACAUUGUGUUCUGAAUCAUUAACUGGUAGCCCAAAUCCAUUUACAGUUCCAGUGGCUAUUUUAUUAUAUCGGGUUGCUUGUACAUUAAAAUAUAAUCCAGAAGAUGAAAAACUGUAUAGUCCUGUUACUAUUCAACUUUUAUUAAACAAUUGUCUACAAUUAUUAGAUAAAACUAAAUAUCCUCAAAUUGUUACAUCUAUAAAUUACAUGUUAUCUGAUAUGUAUAUUUCAAUUUAUAAUAAUCCAUCAAGCACUGUAAUAGUAGAUUCAACUGAAGUGGACAAGUACUCUGCUACUUGUCAUGACGAUUCUGCCAUUUCUUCAACUCAAUUUGAUUAUGGGACCUACUCUAUUGACGUACAAAAUUUAUGUGUACUACAUAAGAAAGAAAAUGUAUCCUCAGUACCGGAUUACCCUACGUCAAAACCUUUUGUAAAAACUAAAGAAGAAUGUUAUUACAAGGCAUUAUAUUAUAUUGGGAGAAGUUUGAAUUGUUUACCAUAUGUUAAGAAAGAUAAAAAUAUUAUGGUGGGACAAACAUUGAUGACCAAGGACAAGAGUAGCACAACUAUACCUAUGCCGUAUGUUGAUGCUGAAAUGAUAGGAAAGAAUAAUACGACACGUUGGAAUAAUCCACCUAAUGCUGGGGAUGUAACUUUUGGAAAUCACCUCAGACUGAUGCUCUAUAAAAAAGCUUCUGAUGCAUAUUUUAACUUCGGUGAAAAAUGCCUUACAUCCAACAACUUAGGAAUGGCUUUAAAAUGUUUCCGGCGAUCACUUGAAUGUGAAUUAUGUGUGGCCAACACUAAUGUCAACCAUCUAUUGGGGCCUAUAUUAGACCGUUGUGGCAAUUGUUGUCUGUCUAUUCUUAAAUAUUGGGAUAAAAUAGAACAGUACUCUAGCGAGCUUCAAACUGAUGAAAACUAUGAUUUUGAACUAAGAAAAGCAUUACUAAAUAGUUCUAAUGGCACUAAUAAAGAUUUAAAUUUAAUACCGACAAGCCUCAAUAAUUCAAAAGAAAGCAUGUUGAGCUCAGCAGAGCAUUGUUACACACGCGCUUUGGCAUUGGAAACAAAUAUUAAUAACAAAAAUAAUUUGAAUAAACAAAUAGGUAUAGUUUACAACGAAUACAUUAAAAUUUACAUGGAAGAAAUAUUACUUGCUAUAAGCAAGAAUAUUCCUCUAAGUCCUUUAAAGUUAAAAUGGCUUACAAAAAAAUCUAAGAAUUUUUGUAUGUUGGGAAGCCAUAUAUUUAAAACAGUUGAUGAUAAGGAUAAUUUUGCACUGAUAAAUUCGAACUUGGAAAAUUUGUACGGAUACUUAGCACAUUAUUCAACAAAAUAUAUAGUUCCUAUCAAUACAUUUAUAAAAAAAGAGAUGAUCAAUUUCAAGGUUGGAAAUGCUUACAAGAAAAGAUUGUUGGAGAUGGGUGACCGCAGUUCUAAUUCACAACAAUGGGAUAUGGUUUACUAUAAAUUAUCUUCAACCCUGUUUCAUGUGGCUGUAAACGAAUAUUUAGCCAUUUGCAGAUGCAGUUCUAAUAACUAUAGGGAAUGUAUCAAUUUAUUCAUGGAAGCUUUGAAAUAUUGCGAUUUGGAAAAUGAAUCGCCCAAUAAAUUUUUAUAUGAAUAUCAAGCAGCAUAUAUUCACUUUGCCUUAGCAUCUUUAUCUUCUGAUCGCUUAGGACAAUGUAUUACUAAGAAGUCGCCUGAGCUGCAUCCUGUUUUCAUUCAGAUUAAGUCUUACUGUAAUAUUUCAUUUGAAAUCUUUUUUAAAAUAGAUCGUCCAUUGGAAUCUUUUGAGGUACUCAUAAAAAUGAUAACAUUAGAUAUGGGCUUAAUUGAUGGAACAAUAGGUAUACGGAAUCUUAAAUAUGUAAAGUCUAUUAUAGAAACAUUGAGAAAAUGUGUUUCUGUGUUUCAAAUGUUUUCGGAAAAUAAGGACACAAUGAAAUAUUUAUAUAGUACUGACCAAACCGAGGAGCCUAACUUAGCUAUAGAAGAUGAUUUACAUUUUGAAAUGAGAAAACUACAUUUUUUAUUAAUCCUGGAAGAAAAUGUGCUUAAACUCUUGAAAUGUAUGAUCCAAUUAGCCUUGGAUAGAUCAUCAGUUAAGGAAGUUAAAUGGUUAGCUGACAAAGAAGAUGAGCUGAAAAACAUGUAUAGUACAUUGUUAAGAAAUAGUGUUGGUGACAAUAAUUAUUCACAAUUAAUGAUAGCUGUAAAGCAAUUAUCUACAUUUAAAUGAUUUUAUAUAUUAUAUCUUAUUAUUUUUUAAAUUAUUAUACUAUCUGAACAUUAUUUUUCUCAAAUAUUUUUAAAUAUAACUAAAUAUAAAAAAUGCACUAUCCAUAGUAUCAAUACAAACUGAUAUGAAAAUAAAACUCCCUGGGGCUUUUGCGCCGUGUAAUUUCUACUUUUUAGUAUGGGUGUGAUCCUUAUACUAGACCUUAUAUGGCCAACUUGCAGCUCGUGUCAUAUUCCCAUGCUGCUCACUUCUUAUUAAGAGGGUGCCAUACCUUCAUGUGUUGUCUCCAUCUCAUACACUUGUUGCGGGCCUUGACGCUCUAGGCACCCUAUUCGCUAUAAUUAAUAUAGAAUAUAUUGACCUUAAUGUUAUUACGGUCUUGAACUCCGUAUAUGUAAU